AUGCGCGCAGCUGCAGGAACUAUACCUAAAUUCGAGUCUCCGAGGAUAGGUUGGCAGAUAUCAGGCCCGCCAGCUGCUACUGCGGGUGAUGACGGUCCUCUUAGUGUAGUAGUGGUCAAGUCGAACGAGAGGCAUGAAGAUUACCCGCUGGUAACGCUGCGGUUAAUGCUAGAACAGCUUCUGUCCCUAUCAUCCCCAUCGCAUGACACGGUCGCAUCUAUACUUGUCGCGACCUUCUCCGCUUUGCCGCAACAAAAGAUUGAACAACUGCAAACAGUCGACACCUUGAUUCUAUCUAAUGAAGUUCAGAAGGCGCUCCAAUACAACGGUUCCCAGCUCGCCUCACGCCAAAUUAAAAACGCCGUCGGCGACGACAGAUGGAUGGAAAGCAUCGCCCGCGCCAUUACCGGCGGCCUCGAGGCGGUGACUAAAAACGGCCGGGAGAGGAUUAGGCCCGUCCUGGGCCAUUUUAUCGACAACGCCGAGGAGGCUGCGAAUGCUGUUUUUGCAUCAGGGUCUUUUUGA